AUGGCAGAUGAGGAAACCGUGAACGGCAGUAGCGAAGAACUGCCCGAAAAGUCGCAAAAGAAAACCGCAAAGUACGACAGUGGGGCCGCUGACCUCGAGAAAGUCACCGACUAUGCCGAAGAAAAGGAAAUUUCGACACAGAACGUAGCUGGUGCCAUUUCAGCAAUCGGCGAUCGCCGUAACAAAGAAGCCCUCGAGAAACAAGCCCGUGAAAAAGAAUUGCUCAAAGUAUCAGUCAAGAAAGAAGACGUCGAUCUCAUCGUUCGCGAAAUGGAAAUUUCAAGGACGCAAGCCGAACGAACCCUUCGAGAAUACCACGGGAACGUUGUCAAUGCACUUGUAGCUCUAACCAACUAAUUUAUUACGAUUUUGUAUUUAAAUAAAUUCUACAAAUAUUCGCGA